UGGCACGCUCGAGGCGGCCCAUUCUUACGGAGCUAUCACCUUAACGGCAAGGCUUUAAAAUGCGAAUAUCGAAACUCUGUUGUGAAACCUCCAAUAGCCCUUCUGCCACGAGCCAUCCAACCUAGUAGCCACGGGCCGACCAGGUUCGGUUCCCAUUGCGGGGGAUGUUUAUGACAUUCGCAAUCUCCCGAGCCUCAGUUCGAACAAUGCUGGUUCUUUCCUUCCUUCCUGUUUGCUUUUCGACAUUCCUCCGAAGAUGGUGAGAAGAUGAAGCUAUUGCGAACUUCGAGCCUGUUGUGGCUGGCGACACUUGUUUCUCGUGGCUGGGCGAUCUCUCUCCUUGAGGUGCUGCAGGGCUAUCCUCAGUUGAGCAGCCUUUACACUUUGGUCAAUUCCUCAUCAAACGCGACUGCAUUGCUGGCAAACGCCAACAACUUCACAUUCCUUGCGCCGAGCAAUGAUGCUAUUUCGAAAUUCAAUGCCCAGAACCCAGGUGUUCUGAACGGUACUCAGAUACUACCGAAUAUCCAGUAUGGACUUCUCAAAGGCGGGUAUCCGACGCUCUCGAUCUCAAGCACGCCGCAAUUCAUCCAGAGCAACUUGUCUGACUCCACAUAUGCCAACGUCACCGGGGGACAGGCAGUUGAGCUCGUCUUAGGAAGUGAUGGCACGCCUGAGGCGAUAACAGGGAAUCGAAGCAUCAGCACUUCAUCAGGCUCCGAUAUUCCCUGCGUCGGUGGCAUCGUCCGUAUAAUCAACUCUGUCCUCUCGAUCCCUGUUACCACUGUGAUGGAGAUCACAAAUGCGAACCUGCAGUACUUCAUUGCCAUAUUAAAUGCCGAUGGGUAUCUGAGUAGCAGCGCGACAUAUGUGAAUCAAGUCCUCGAUUUGCACGAUGUCACUUACUUCAUUCCCAACUCUGCAGCCGCUCUCGCUGGUGCCACCCAGCUCGCUCAAAACUCCUCUGCAGCUGACCUCGAAGCCGUGUUCGAAUACCACAUCGUCCCAGGAUCCGUCAACUACAGUCCGAUGCUGAAAAAUGGAAUGAGCUUGAAGACCCAGCAGGGGACAAACCUCCAGAUAACAAUCCAGGGUGGAGAUAUAUAUGUCAAUGCCGCGAAAGUCAUCGCAUCAGACUUGAUGGUUGCGAACGGAGUCGUGCACGUGCUUGACAACCUCCUAAACCGCUUCGACACUUCCGGACCCCCAAAGCCCACCGCAACAGCAUCUACGACAUCCAACCCAGCUCCAACCUCAACCCAAAACUCCAUCACCACCCCAACUUACACCUCCAGCGGCGGGAACAGCGGCAUGUCCACCGGCGCCAAAGCCGGGCUGGGAGUCGGUGUCGGCGUCGUCAGCCUCGCGCUCAUCUCUACCCUCGCCUUCCUCAUCUACCGGCACCGCCGCAACAAGGCAGCAGCAACAGCCGCAGCGCCCUGGGACAACAGCUCCAUGUCGGGCGCGACCGCAUCGCCAUUCAACAAAUUCUACGUUCAGCGGGGCCAGGUGCAGCGACAAGAAGAUCCAGGAUUGGGAUUGCAGAGUACGGGGAUGCAGCAGCAGUAUGGAGCGGAUUCGGGGGUUGCGGGGAGGGAGUAUGGACAGGUUGAUGGGCCGGCCAUUCCGCCUCGGAGUCCGAGUAGAGCAUUGAGGGGGGAUGGGAGCUAUUUUUGAUGAGUUGAGGGGUGGAGAGGGGAGGAUGAUUGUGGAAUAAUGGAUGGCUGGAUGUAUAUAGCUAUACCCCUUACGACUUUCAUGCUGUUGUGGGCUUUGAAAUGUUGAUAUCUUGUGGCAGGCGAACUCAUAUAGAAAUCUAUCAUUACUCAAUUUAGUUAAUGUCAAAUGUGGAACAUCUUCGAAGUGAG